AUGGUUGGGGAGACAGAGGUGAAGGAGAGACCCAAGUCCAACCCGGACUAUUUAAUGCAACUGAUGAACGACCGGAAGGUGAUGAGUUCACUGCCCAACUUCAGUGGCAUCUUUACGCAUCUGGAGCGGCUGCUAGAUGAAGAGAUCGGGCGGGUUCGCAAGGACAUGUACAAUGACACAGUCAACGGAGGUAUGUUCAACGGUCGUGACAUGGAGGAACUACCCGAAGCUGUCGGUCCGGUGGCCCAGCUGCAAGAGAAGCUCUACGUGCCGGUCAAAGAAUAUCCCGAUUUCAACUUUGUCGGGAGGAUCCUGGGCCCGCGCGGACUGACGGCCAAACAGCUGGAGGCGGAGACAGGCUGCAAGAUCAUGGUGCGCGGGAAAGGCUCAAUGCGGGACAAGAAGAAGGAGGAGAUGAACCGAGGCAAGCCCAACUGGGAGCACCUGAGCGAGGACCUGCACGUCCUGAUCACGGUGGAGGACACACACAACCGCGCCAAGAUCAAGCUGCAGCGAGCUAUCACCGAAGUCAAGAAACUCCUCGUCCCCGCUGCUGAAGGCGAGGACAACUUGAAGAAAAUGCAGCUGAUGGAGCUGGCCAUCCUCAAUGGAACCUACAGAGACGCCAAUGUCAAGACACCCACCGCCGGGUUCCCGCUCGGCACCCCGCAGGCCCCUCGUAUCAUCACCGGCCCCACGCCCGUCCUGCCGCCGACCCUGCGCAACCCCGCCCCCGUUACCACGCCGACCAUCAUGCCUCUGAUCCGUCAAAUCCAGAGCUCCGCCCUGGUGCCGGGCGGAAACCCGCAUCCAGCGCUGGUGCAGCAAGGACCCGAGUCGGGGAUCAUCUACACGCCUUAUGAGUACCCUUACACACUGACGCCAUCCAUAUUGGAAUACCCCAUCGACUCAACCGGCGUAUUAGUCCCUUCGUCCUGUGUUUUCGCAGCAGGUGCCAUGACCUCUAAGGUACGCCGCCAAGACAAGAGAAUCCAUCCUUACCAAAGGGUAGUGACCACAGACAGAGCUGCCACGGCAACUAACCCAUGA